GUUCUUUCAUCUUGACUCGUCACUUCUUGACAGCUAACCUCAAAUCUUUCUUUCAGAGUCAGCUGCUGGUCAGCUCUCACCUUUCGACGAGGCUUCCAUUCCUUUCUGAAGAGCCCACAAGGCAUCAACACGAUGAGACGAGCUAUAGUCGCAUCUACUCUCUUGAAACUCGUAUUCGCCGCUGAUCCUGUGGCGAGAUGGGGUCACCAAGCGGUCUAUCUUCCUUCACAAAAUGCGAUGUGGGUCGUCGGUGGUGAAGUUCAAGGAUCCGGAACUCAGAUCACCAACGAGGUCCUCAUCCUUCCCCUUAACCAGAGUAAUCCGACAUUCUCGACAGGUUCGAGUGAUGGACUCCCUCCCCAUGCUUUCGCCGCCAUGUCCGCCAGAUCCGACGGCUCGUCCAUCGUUGUAUUUGGUGGAAUGACUUCCAGUUGUUCAAACGAUGGACUCGUUCAUACGUUGGAUGUCAGUUCUGGCAAAUGGACUAGUGUGACCCCUUCAGGAGUCAUCCGACGGAGAGGUGCAUCGAUGGGAUGGGCCAGUGAUUCCCAGGUCAUGGUCGUGGGUGGGAUAGCUGAUAGCUACUCUUGCUCGUCGACAACUGCAGCUUAUUCCGCCCUAGAUAUACUCUCAUAUCCCCUCACCACAGGUUCACACAUUGCCUCGGCGAAUCUUCCGAGCUCCCUCACUGGCUCCACGCUAGCCGUGUCUGAUUUCGCUAUGGCUUUGUGUUCCUGUGGUCACAUCUACCUGGCUGGUGGACAGUCAGCCACGGGUGAUUUGGUAUCUCUCGAUACUAUUGGGAAAUGGAGUGCUAGUUCUGGCUGGACGUCUCAAGUCACUUCCGGUGAUGUGCCAGACGGCAGGAUUGGCGCUUCCCUUGUGGUUCACCCAACUUUGGACUUAUUGAUCCUCUAUGGAGGCUCGGUAGCGAAUGGUACUUCGGAUACCCCUACUUCACUGGUCGCCCUUCUCAACACGACCAGCUGGGAAUGGUCUACCCCUUCAAACCUUCAACCUCUCUCCUCAUCCGCGUCUUCCUAUCACACGGCCAUCAUCACCAAUUCUGGUGUCAUGAUCACUGCUUUUGGUCUCGGUUCAUCCGGUGUGGCAACCUCGAAUGUUGCUUACCUCGACAUGCGUGACCCGACCGGCUCAGACUGGGCUUGGAGUUCGACUUGGCAGGAAAGCAUGCUCAACCUCACCACUUCUCCCAAGACUUCUAAAGGACAGACAAUGGACGAGAAGAAGACGGCGUCCAUAGCUGCUCCAGUCGCCGUUAUUGGUGCUUUAUUGAUCGGUCUUGCCAUCUGGUAUGCUCGUCGUCAAAUUCGAAUCAUUCGUAAACGUCGAGCUGCUCGAUACUACUCCUUCUCCUUACAGGAAGACAACGGCGACUUCUCUCGUGACGUCGGCCCUUCGAGACCCACAAAGACGGAAUACGGUUUUGGACGAGAUGCCAACGAGAAAGAAGGCAACCUUAUGACUGACAUUACGUCCGGGGUCAUGUCAGUCAUUAAGCGUGUGUCUACCCGUGGCUCAAAUCAUUCCACCGACUCGAAUCCAUUCACUGACCGGGAGAUGGUCAAGGCUGGGGGUAGUGCGAAGAAUAAGGCGAUCAAUUGGGAAGAAAUCGACUUUGGUCUUGGUAAAUUAGACGAAUCGAGACGUGAAGAACCCCACGCUAGGGAGAAGAGGCGCAGCUCAUCUUUCUCAGCUACCGGUUCUCCACCUCAAUUCCUCUACGACCAAGAUCAGCAGUCGGCCGCCGUGGCAUCUACAAUGUCAAUGCCAAUGCCGAUGCCACUCAUCACAUUGAACGAAGAACAAGGUUCUCCAGUGAAUGACGGACAACAAUCUUUGGUCCCUUCAUUCUUUGUUCAACCUCCUACCGCACCCGCCACCCCUUCCAAUCGACCUUCUGCCCCUGCUGUCUUCCCUGAUAUGCCUACCAUGCCCACCGCCGCUCCAGAUACGGACGAAUCCUUGGACUGGAAUAUGUUACAGAAUCAAUUAGCUGAACGUCCUGCAUUCCGAUCUAUCUCACCUUCAGCGGCGCUUCGUUCUCAUAACCACGCCCAAGUCGACCAUAAUCCGGGUCAGUUCGAUCAACCACGUCCUGCCCCAAUGCCACAAUAUCACGCACCUACUCUUCAACCUGAACCUAUGGGGCAAUAUCCACAACGUUCAGCAUCUCCUUCACAAGUCCCACUACCUGUCUCUCCUUCCCCCUCGACAAUAUCUACGAUGUCAAGUACCGCACCUCAUUUACCUCCUCUCAACUUCAAUUCUUCUAAUCCUCCGACUAUAAAUUAUGGACCCAGAAACCAUGGAGUACUCCCAUAUCUCCCAAGAAACUCGAAUCAGUCUCACAGCCGACAGCUCGCCGGAGUCCCUCGAAGGGGCGUGUCACACCACGGAAUCGAUAGCUCCUCGAAUCACGAGUUGAGCUCUUCCAUACCGGUGUCACACGACGCCCGUCAGGGUUCAGGUCUUCCGAUGGCGCCUCAUGCGGCUCAGAUGGGUAGGGGUAAUAUGUUGAGGGUGAUGAAUAGGAGUGAAAGAGAUGCACCGGAGAGUGAUACCGAAGAGAAUCACGGUCAGGCAUUUUGAUGGAUGAAAGUUUUGAUAGGAGCUGGAAUUCACGGAUUGGUGAUAGGAAGUAAGUAGGUCUAAUACACCGCUGGGCGGGUUGAUGCAUACAUGGGACAUUCCUUGA